UCUGUGGAUCCACCCAGUCACAUGGAAUAAAGGGGAGGGGUAAGGAGGAGGGGAAAUCAUAAUGUUGUAGGACUAAAACGGCCCGUCCAUUACAUUGUAAGAAACACAGGAAAUACCUGAAAUAUCUAUCUUACUGUGUGUCUCAUUGCCUCACUCGGUACCAGGCAGCUCCAGGAGAGAGGUUAAGAUUUCUAAAGAUGGAAAAGGGACACCCACAAGAGGAUUUGGCUCCACCAUACCCUGGGCCACCUAUGAACUACGGGGGUGCCGUGCAGCAGCCAGGGAUGUACCCUCAGCCAGGCUUCUCCCCUGCGGGGCCUCCACCUGUUUACCAGGGAGGUAUGUGCUCCGCCCCAGGCUGCACCUGUCACAGUGACUCACAUGAUGGUAACACCUCCACUGCAAGAUGUCCCGGGACAAACCGUGUGCCCCCACUGCCAGCAGACGGUCCUCACCAGGACAGAGCACUCACCAGGCCUGCUAACCUGGGCCAUCUGUGGUGGCCUCACCCUCUUUGGGUGCUUUCUUUGCUGUUGUAUCCCGUUCUGUGUUGAUUCCUGUCAAGAUGUGGAGCAUCGCUGUCCUUCAUGCAACAACGUCAUCUACAUAUACAAGCGAAUGUGAACGUGACUGUGAAUGAAGAAGACUUAAAUGCUUGUCUGUAGCCUUAACUUUUUAUACUGGUUAAAAUGAUUUUGAUUAUGCUAUUAAACGUAGCUCAGCGUAAAUUAUUUCGGGAAGAACUAACUUUUAAUCGGCUCACUCCUAAUCAGUUCAGCUGCUAUCUUAAAAAAUGUAGUUUUGCCGCGUAUAAGUCACAUAUCUGCAACUAGUCUCUCCUGAUUGAAAUAUACUCAGCGAAAAAUCUUUCAGAAAGACUUAAUUUAAUCAAUGCUCUCUUCCUAAAUAGAAUCAGCUGGUAGGGGCAUUCACCUUCCUGCUAAAUCAAUCAGAAUCAUACACAAAUUGCUAGGGCCAAUCACAGAGUCACAGCCCUGCUUUAAAAAAAUCUGUUCUCCCUUUG